UAUUUACUCUUGCUUUACAGUAUCUGGAGAGGACCAAAUGUGAACUGUGUUGACAGUACUGGAUACACUCCAUUGCAUCAUGCUGCUUUGAAUGGGCACAAGGAUGUUGUGGAAGUUCUGUUGAGAAAUGAUGCAUUAACGAAUGUGGCUGACUGCAAAGGCUGUUAUCCUCUCCAUUUGGCAGCUUGGAAGGGAGAUGCUGAAAUAGUGAAACUGCUAAUACACCAGGGACCCUCCCACACUAAAGUAAAUGAGCAGAAUGCUCUUGAGAUCAAAGAACUCAAAAAGUACGGCCCCUUUGACCCUUAUAUCAAUGCCAAGAAUAACGACAACGAGACAGCAUUGCACUGUGCAGCUCAGUAUGGCCAUACCGAAGUGGUGAAGGUUCUUCUGGAGGAGUUGACUGAUCCUACUAUGCGCAAUAACAAAUUUGAGACUCCUCUCGAUUUAGCUGCUCUCUAUGGGAGACUAGAGGUUGUGAAGAUGUUGCUUAAUGCUCAUCCCAAUCUAUUAAGUUGCAAUACUAAGAAACACACUCCCUUACAUCUCGCAGCUAGAAAUGGCCAUAAAGCUGUUGUUCAUGUACUGCUGGAGGCUGGCAUGGAUAACAACUACCAGACAGAAAAAGGCAGUGCUUUACAUGAAGCUGCUUUGUUUGGCAAAACAGAUGUGGUACAGAUAUUGCUAGCGGCAGGCAUUGAUGUGAAUAUAAAGGACAACAGAGGCUUGACUGCUUUGGAGAUUGUCAGAGAACUUCCUUCUCAAAAAAGCCAACAAAUAGCAGCUUUCAUUGAAGACUGUACAACAAGAAAGAAUCUUGUAAUAACAGAAGAGAAGACAUCACCGCCUUUAACUGCUUCUAUUGAAACCUCAGUUCGGAUGCCUCAAGGGAAUGUGGAGAAAGCAGUGACAGACUUGAUAACAGAUGUUGAUGGCAAGCCAGAAGAGUGUCCAUAUGAAGUACUGUACAAUGCAACCUCCUGUCAUUCCUUGGACAGCCUUGCCAGUGGAAGAUCCUCAGACAGAGAUUCAGUGAACAGGGAAGCCGAGAUGACUGGUAUUAAAGUGACAGCAGUGAGACCUAGAGAGCGUCCACCACCUCCUGCAAAACCACCCCCUGAUGAAGAAGAGGAACAUGAAGAUAAAAAACAUGAUGCAUCCUCAGUGGGUUUGGUCGCCAAGAGAAAAAGUAGAGGGAGCACAGCUGAUGAAGAAGAAGAACAUCCUUAUGAACUCUUGCUAACAGCAGAAACAAAGAAACAUGUUACAGUAGAUAAAAAAACAAAAGGUGAAUCAUCUUUAGGUGCUACCUGCAGUGUCCAGCCACAGGUAUGGUCACGAAAAGGUCUAUCUUCUCAGGAUGGUCAGUGGCCACUAAAUUGCCAAGCUUCUUGUGAUUUUUCUUCUGGCCAUUCUGAACAAUAUCCAAGUCCUGAAUCUCAGUUGGUUGAGAUGCCAAAAGACCAAAAAAAGUUCAACAGAAGCCACAGCCAAGCAGAUGUCCAAGAUGCCCAGGUGCUGGAUCAAUUCUCAGGUCUUCUGCAUGGUUCUUCUCCGGUGUGUGACAUAAGUGAGGACCCUUUGAGACUCAUUUCUGCUGUGGGCAAAGGAAGUACAGAGGGAACUGCUAUGCAGCUGGAAAAUGUUGAGGCUUCUGGAUCGGUACAAUCUAGUACUGUAGACCAAAAUAAAGUGGUCUAUUCAGCCAUAUGCCAUAUCCGUGACAAGUUGGAUUCUGGAACUUUGGCGCAUCCUCAUUUGCCACAGCAUCCCGGUAGUGCUGAGGAUGGAGACAAGAGCAGUGUUGUAGGAAGAGUUCAUCCAGGAAGCAAGUCCAAAGCAGACCUCAAACUUAGCCGUAGCUUAUCAAAAUCGGAUUCUGACCUUUUGACCACCUCACCAACAGAGGACGAUACUAUGGGGAGCAGAAGUGAAUCCCUUUCCAAUUGUAGCACUGGGAAAAAAAGGCUGGAGAAAUCACCUUCCUUUGCUUCCGAGUGGGAUGAGCAGUUUCAGGAGCAAGUGCCUGAUGACUCCGAAGUUCAGUCUUUCUACAAUAUCGAGAAAAUAAUGAGUUCCAUUGGCGAAGGCAUUGACUUUUCACAGGAGCAACAAAGAAUGUCAGGUUCACGGAUGCUGGAGCAGAGUGUUGGGGAGUGGCUGGAGUCCAUCGGUUUACAGCAGUAUGAAAGUAAACUGCUUCUCAAUGGCUUCGAUGAUGUCUGCUUCCUGGGAUGUAAUGUUAUGGAAGAUCAGGAUCUUCGGGAAAUUGGUAUUAGUGAUCCACAACAUCGCAGAAAACUUCUCCAAGCAGCACGUUCCCUUCCUAAGGUGAAAUCUCUAGGCUAUGAUGGAACUCAACCUUCAGUUCCUGCGUGGCUUGAUUCCUUGGGGCUUCAAGAUUACAUUCAGUCAUUUCUGUCGAGUGGCUAUAGUUCUAUAGACUCAGUGAAAAACCUCUGGGAGCUAGAAUUAGUAAACGUACUCAAGGUGAAUCUUCUUGGCCACCGUAAACGUAUUAUAGCCUCUCUGGCAGACAGACCAUAUGAGGAACCCCCACAGAAACCACCAAGGUUCUCUCAGUUAAGAUGCCAGGAUUUGAUAUCCCAGACGUCUUCACCUCUGAGCCAGAGUGACUCCUGCACAGGGAGGUCUGCAGACUUCCUGCUGCCUUUGGAAGAUGCUGGGAAGAAGAGACAUGAGAACAUCCAUGAUAUUGCAUCUUAUCCAAGAGCAGAGAAGUUUAGGACACAGGAGGAACAUCGUGAAUCGAAGCUUACACUCAGACCUCCUAGUCUGGCAACUCCCUAUGCUCCUGUACAGCACUGGCAGCAUCAGCCAGAGAAGCUUAUAUUUGAGUCCUGUGAGUAUGAAGCCAAUUAUCUAGGGUCCAUGUUAAUCAAAGAUCUUCGAGGAACAGAAUCUACACAGGAUGCCUGUGCAAAAAUGAGGAAAUCAACUGAGCAUAUGAAGAAAACCCCAACAAUAAUAUUAUCUAUUACUUAUAAAGGAGUGAAGUUCAUAGAUGCUGCUAACAAGAAUGUAAUUGCUGAGCAUGAAAUUCGGAAUAUCUCUUGUGCUGCCCAAGACCCCGAGGAUCUCUGUACAUUUGCCUACAUCACUAAGGAUUUGCAGACUAGUCACCACUACUGUCAUGUCUUCAGUACCAUUGAUGUAAAUCUAACAUAUGAAAUCAUUUUGACAUUGGGGCAAGCAUUUGAAGUAGCCUACCAGUUGGCCCUUCAAGCUCAAAAAUCAAAAUCUCCAGCUGUUUUGACUGCAGAAAUGAUAGAAACAAAAUCUUCAAAACCAGUGCCUAAACCUCGAAUCAGCAUGAGAAAGUCAGCAGUGCCGCUCCCUUCUGAUAAUCGCUGUUGUUACUGUCAUACCUGUACUACACACCGUCCUUCCUAUCUACCGCUGCAGUCUGUUAGUCCAGGAGUUAAGCUGGAGCAAUCUGAAGAGGACCAAGACUCCCAGUCCCAUGCUGGUGUAUCCUGGGUAGUUGAACCCAAGCAGGAUUCCAAGAGGACCCUCAGCACUAAGUAUGAGACUACUAUCUUCUGAAAACAAAUCUACAUCCAACCAGUCUAACUGUGCCUUUGCAGUCUGAUCUGCCUGCUGUUCUAAACCUUCCUUUUUCCCCAUUGCUGGCACUAGGCAUGGUGUCACCAGAGGCAGAAGCAUAGGAUUAUCAUAGACUAAACAGCUUUUUGUAUCUGCUUUCUACUGAACACUGUGAAUUCUCCUAAAGGAAACAAGGGUAACACACUGAGAGAGUCAGCUGUUUUUAGAUGUCUUGAGAGAUGGGAGAAAUGAAGCCUGUGGGAGUUCAGUAUAUGGAUUUGGGGAAAUCAACUGGUGUUUUUGAUUUUCUCUUCAUGUUGACACUGUGAAUAUGGAGUGGAUUAACACUCCAUAGGGCUUUUCUGUUUAGCAUUCUUGUUACUGGAUGGUUCUACAACUUUGUUCUCUUGUGUACCUACUGUUGUAAUCUAGAUUUAUAUUUCCAUACUAAGACAUGGCCACAACUGUUCCUUGUAGCAUUCUUUUACUUGUCAUCUCAAAACACACUAAUUACUGCGAUAUUGUUUGCAAACCUCUUGCUCACCUGACUUCUGGCAUGAAUCCUGUUCACACUCUUUACUGUUUCUGGAUACCGGAAUGUAUGGUAUAAACUAGGAACCAUGAUUUCCCCUAUUAAGCACUUUCAUUUUUCCUAGGAGUCAGAUUUGAUAUAAAUAAUGUUAAACAGGAAUGUUUCAGCUCUCCAAGUAUUUCUGAUCAGUCUGUGUAGGAUUUACUGUUAGAGCUUUCUGUUCAUGUUAGGCAAUCCACUUACAAUUAACUGAUCAAUCAUAUUUCCUGAACUUUAAUUAGAGUGCAUCUUGCAAAGAUACACACUAGUUGCUGAAAAUAAGGAUCAGAAGCUGAUAAAGUAUAAAAUCAAGGCAAGUGGUAGGAAAAACAGAUGGUAUACUUAUGUUGUAUUAAACAAGGUUAACAAUUAGAAGAUAUCCAGAUUUUAUACAGAAUAUUCCUAAAUGUGCAGCAUCCCAGGCACAUUGGAGUUUUCAAAAUAUUUGUAAUUCAUCUUUCUCCAGGCAGGCCAGUAAAUAGUAUUUGACUUUUUAGGUCUUUUAAAUACAAAUUUUAUUUAGUUCUUUUAAACAAAAGAAUGCAAAGGUAGAUUGAAUUUAAAUUACUGGCUUUUCACUGAAUGCUUUCCUUCAAAGCAGCAAGCUUUGCUAUUAUUGUGGAAUUAAAUAGCCACUACUAUUUUGGGCAGCAAUUCCAAAUAUUCAGUUUAUUUUGUGAGAUGGGACUGUAAGAUCAUCUCUGUUCAGAUGAUGUCUGACAUUUGCCUACUGUGCUUCAAGUAAUUUGUUUUUACUAAACACAAGUUUUCCAGCGAUAAUCCAUACACUUCAGAUUAUUCAGAGACUGUAAAGUUACUGCGACUGAAUGACCUUAUGUAAAUUACCAUACAUUUCUCACAUCUGGGGUUUAGUCAUUGACAAAAGUAUAAACUUCCCUUGGUUGCAUUUUUAAUGUAUAAAAUCAUUCAAUCCCUAGCUUUCUUUUCAUUAAUAUUGUCCCCAUUUUGUUUGCCUUCUGCCAAGCUGAACUACAGACAUCCACGUUUCUCCAUGGAAAUAUAGUAAAUGAGCAGAGCUCUAAGAAGCAGUGAAAUCCUGGAGGUACGAAGAUCAACACCUGGCUCUGGGUUGUGUCCUUGGCUGCUCAUUAAGGACUUCCAGAGUUGAGUGAAAAGAGUUCCAAGCCACAAGCUGAUAAAAGCAAUAUGCAUUUUUAGCAAAAGAACUGAAAUUUCUGCAGUUAAAAGACUGAUGCCAUGAAUUUUAGUUUGAAAUGUUUUUGUUUCCUUUAUAUUGUAAAAUCCUCAAUUUCAGCAUAGCAUUGAUGGAAGUGAACGACAGUAAUUGCUAAAACAAAACAUGAAUAUGCCUGUCUUAUUAUAUAGCUUACAAUAUCUGAAUAUUAAAUCAUAUAUGUCAUACUUGGCUUGGAAUAGUAAUAGGUGAAUUCCCAACUUGAUACAAUAUUAAAUUAAUUUUGAGGUAGUAGCACCUAGGCUGAUAAUUGUUCAUUCUUAAUAGUUACAGUAAUAAUUUAAAAGAGUAUCUAACUUAAAAGAAUCAGAGAAAUUUAAAUUCUUGACAGUUCUUGAACUAACUAGAAGCCUGGCAUAAGUCAGCCUACUUAUCACUGCAAUACAGCUGUUUUGUGAAAGUAUUUUUCUCUCCACACAAUUUAUAACUGGACUGUGAUUUCUUGCAUCUCAAUCAAGUAAUCUUUUUUAAAAAAUGUGAUUUGAUUGUACUCUGUGGUUUGAGAUUUUUUAGAUUAUUCACUGAUUAGCACUUUUUAUACUAGAUGAUAAUUUAAGAAUGCGCAUUUAAGUUCAUAAUUUAAGUAUCUUAUAUAACAUUACAGAGUAUAAAAAAGUGGAGAUCAUGGGCAUUAUGCUAAAACAAUUUAUUUCCUUAUUUCCA